AUGUCCGAGCCAUGUCGGGAGCUACAACGGGAAGAGCCGCACGGCCACCCAACCGAUCUACAUCACCGCCCGGAUACUCGUUCCAAUUCUAGUUCUCCUCCUCCGGCUUCACUUGCGUCUUCCGCCCCUAACAUUGCUUCAUCUCAGCCUGCUCCUCCGGCAGAUCCCUCCAAUGCUUCGUCUUCCUCGGCUCAUGCUCUUCCCGCCACUGACCCUCAGCCUCAGCCGGGGCCUUUGACACCUCGGCAAAAACCAUCACGGCCGAAGAGCCUUCGUCCCUUCAUACUCUCCGUCAUGGCUUUCAAGAACAGCCGCAAGUUCUCUAGGCCCACUUCGACACUCUAUCUCGGCAUAUCCGGCGUGUUCUCGGAUGAUCAAACUGCAAUUGUCUCCUUAGCUAUCAACGACAGUAUCUACUUACUUGACUUCUCGGUCAAGCAUAUUGUGCUUGACGACGUUCUAAGGGUGGACCAGGAUCUUAUUGCCGACUACGUCCUUGAAGAGGUUGAGAAGUACGAGCAAGAAAACUUUGCCAAGUUCGUUGGAGCUGGUCUUCCGACCACGCUCAGGUAUAUGAGCCCCAGCCUGUGUUCUCGUUUGUGGCUGGAUCUGGACAUUAUCCCAAUUGUAUUGCGUCCUGACGGCGAGGAAAGAGAGAAGAGUUUCUGGGAUGUCAAGCGCGUUGAUGAGCAGGCCGAUUCUAUGGCUCGCAAGUGCGUCAUGCAUUUCGGUCCGUCCCUUGCUCCUCAUCUGCAAGUUGGAUUCCGCGGCCUUGUUCAGACUGAUGCUGGAUUCCGUGCCAAGAUGGUUACUCUGCAGAACUAUAAGGAUACCUGUGGCGCUGCCACCUGGAAGGCCAUGAUGACCUAUGCUGAGAAGCUGCGCCAUAAUGAUAUACGCAUUGCCUUCUUCAGCUCUACUCCGCAAGGCGGCGGUGUCGCUCUUAUGCGCCACGCGCUAGUCCGCUUCGCUCGCCUUACGGGUGUUCAUCUGGCCUGGUACGUUCCUAAACCGCUUCCUAGAGUCUUCAGAAUCACCAAGAAUAUCCACAAUGUCCUCCAGGGUGUCAGCCCUCCUGACCAGCGUAUCACUACCGAGGAAAAGGAUGCCAUCAUUGAUUGGAUUACCGAGAAUGCUCACCGAUAUUGGCUCGCUGAUGGCGGUCCACUUCGCCCAGUAGAGGAGGGCGGCGCUCACAUCGUUAUUAUCGAUGACCCACAGAUGCCGGGCUUGAUCCCCCUGAUUAAGAAGAUCACCCCUGACCGUCCAGUCCUCUACCGUUCCCACAUCCAGAUCCGAAGUGAUCUGGUUGCCAAGGCUGGCUCAUCCCAGGCUGAUAUCUGGGACUUUCUGUGGAGCCAUAUCCAGCUGGCAGACAUGUUUAUUAGUCACCCAGUUCCUAGCUUUGUUCCUCAUACUGUUCCGAGGGAGAAGGUCGUCUACUUCCCUGCUACUACCGAUUGGCUUGAUGGCCUCAAUAAGGAACUGAACGAUUGGGAUUCUGGUUUUUAUGGCCACAUGUACAACAAUGCUUGCCACUCCCAGCGCAUGACCGAGUUGGACUGGCCAGCCCGCAAGUACAUCACCCAGGUGGCCCGCUUCGAUCCCUCAAAGGGUAUUCCAACCGUCAUCGAUUCCUAUGCUGAGUUCCGCCGCCAAUGUGAGACCGCCGGUAUUACAGAUGUCCCUCAGCUCAUCGUCUGUGGUAAUGGAUCGAUCGAUGAUCCCGACGCCAAUAUGGUCUACGACCAGGCAAUAGACCAGCUAGAGACAUACUACCCUCACCUCAUCAGAGAUAUUAGCAUCAUGCGCCUAAGCCCAAAUGACCAGCUACUCAACACCCUUAUCGCCAAAGCCCAUGUUGUCCUCCAGCUCUCGAUUCGCGAGGGCUUUGAGGUCAAGGUCUCAGAGGCCCUACAUGCUGGCCGACCUGUUAUCGCCACCAAGGUUGGCGGUAUCCCUCUCCAGGUCAAGGACAAGACGAACGGCUUCCUUGUGGACCCGAGCGAUUGGAAGGCUGUUGCUGGCCAUCUCAUGGAUCUCUUCACCAAUGACGACCUGCAUAAGAAGAUGAGCCAUGCCGCCAGGACCGGUGUCUCGGACGAGGUCGGCACCGUCGGCAAUGCCCUCGGCUGGUUCUACCUGGCUGCCAGAUGGGCCGAAGACGGCGUCGUAGAAAGGGGCAAAGGCGGCCUGCCGGGCAACGAGAGAUGGGUCAAUGACAUGGCCCGGGAGGAGGCUGGCUGCCCGUAUUCUGAGAGUGAAAACCGCCUACCGCGACAGUUCACCGAAAAGAAGGUUUUCGAUGCCAAGGCUGCCGAGUGA